UGAUACCUCAGCCAGUCAGAUAAAAUAUAAAAUUAUCUCUGAAUUCUGAGUUCUGUACUUCAGUGUUCAGAAAUCUCAAAAUAAUCUAUGGGUCGGAAACCGAAUGUCUCCGAGCCGACUCGUUGGGCCUCUCUGAUCCUGCUUUUAAUCGGUUUGGUAUCUUGUUCGAUGAUCUACAUGUUCGUGAUAUUGGUUUUAAGGCCAUCAGUACCAGAAAAUGAUUCAAAUGUUGAAUCAUUAGCACUGGCUGAGUCCGAUGAAAAUGGUGAAAAGUGGGUUAACGGCGUAAAGAGUGGCGGCGCUACUGGUGGGUUGUGUUGUAAAGGGAUUGAUAAUUUGGAGCUUUGGGGGGCUGCUGUCAAAUGGGGCACAGAUUUCAAAUUCAAUUCUUCUGGUGAAUGUUGUAAAGCUUGUAAAGCCAUGUGUACUGGAAAUGAUGGGCCUUGUCUUUGUGAUACCUGGGUUUUUUGUGGGAAUAAGCAGGCUUGUGGGAACAAAUUCGGUGAGUGUUGGUUGAAAAAACAGAAGGAUAUACUGGUCCCUGAAAAGCAGGAUGUAGGAAACAAAGUCAUGUGGACUUCUGGCGUUGUCUUUGGAAGAGGAGAGGGUAUUGUUGGCUUAGAGACAGAACAUGGUACUCUUCAUAUCAAGCUUUUCCCUGAUUGUUCUCCACUUUCAGUCAAAUACAUCCUAGAGUUGUUGGCAGUACGCCAUUGUGCAGGUUGCCAUUUCUAUCGAGCAGAAAGUCGUGGUCAAUCUUGGGAUGCAAAAGGAAAACACAUCGAAGAUGCUUCCUUUGGUCCUCCAUUUGCUCUUGUUCAAGGAACACUUGAUGCCCAAGGAAUGACAUUCAAUAAAAUCCCGUCAGAGUACUGCCCUACCAUAAGAAGAGGAUCAGUAGCAUGGGUUGGCUCUGGUCCUGAAUUCUUCAUAAGCUUGGCAAAUCACGAAGAAUGGAAAAAUUCAUACACCGUAUUUGGUUCUGUACUUCCCGAAGACUUGAUGAUAGCAGAGAAAAUUGCUCAGCUUCCAAAAAAAUCAGAUGUUUGGAACAACAUUAAUGUGUCAGUUUUAGAAAACCCUGUACCUCUAAGGAUUCAAAGAAUGAAGAUUAGUGUGUCGUAAACUUGUAACUAGUUAUAUGCCAAUAAGAAGAUAUCUGAAUUGAGUUUAACUGAUACUUUUUGUAUGAUGUAUUAUAGGUUUCGUUCCAUGGUUCUGCUUUUUGUCUUUGUUGUACCAUCGUUUAUUCGAGUUUUGUAAAUAUAACAAUGCAAAUGUAUGUUAUUACCUUUUUGAAGUUGAAGUUGAAGCAUUAUGCAACAGUUGCAGAACAA